CUAGUAGUCGAUGGCGAUUUGAUAGCUACUGAGUGCUGAUAUCUUGAGUAAAAUAUUUGAAGUUAACCAAUAACGUUCAUUGAGAGGAAAACUAAAGUGACGUUGCAUUGUUGUCUACACUACUACAGCCCCAAGAAUGUCAAUACGUUUGUUUUUUACUUGAGCAGAGAGGGGAUGGGAGGCCAAAGGGGGUCUCCGUGUGCAGACUGAGGAAAAGGGAGUGACGGUUCAAGGGGGGACCGGGGGUGGGGGGGAGACCAGAGACACUUGGCAGUGGUAAGGUAGCGAUGGACCAGGAAUACGAGAGACGGCUGCUCAGGCAAAUCAACCAUCAAAAUCUGCCAGAGAGUCAGCUUGCUAAAUUGGAAGGUGCCACAUGCAGUCCAGUAAGUGUCAAGUCAGGAGAUCGCUUCAUUCCCACCCGCGCCGGAAGCAACUGGAGUAUCAACUUCCACUAUGCCAACGAAAACUGUCGAUCUCCCAAUCAAAACCAGAGAGGGAAAGACACAGGUUCAGACACGGGAAAAGAUGCUGUGGCCUAUGCAGCCUUGCUGAGGAACGAGUUGCUGGGCGCGGGCAUAGAGGUGGUCCCUGACCCCCACUCAGAUGACCGCAGACACACGGUCCUGUCCCCACACAGUCGCAGCCUCUUUAGGUACACUGUCCACACUAAGAGAGUGCCUUUCGACGGUGCUAAUGAUGUCUCACCGUACUCCCUCUCUCCACUCAGCAACAAGAGUCACAAGCUGCUCCGCUCUCCUCGAAAGCCAGCCCGCAAAAUCUCCAAGAUUCCCUUCAAAGUGCUGGACGCACCAGAGCUACAGGACGACUUCUACCUCAAUCUAGUGGACUGGUCGGCUGGCAACCUGCUGAGUGUGGGCCUGGGGGCCUGUGUGUACCUGUGGAGCGCCUGCACCAGUCAGGUGACGAGACUGUGUGACCUCUCAGUGGAUGGGGACUCUGUGACAUCAGUGUGUUGGAACGAGAGGGGGAGCCUUGUUGCCGUGGGAACCCAUAAGGGCUAUGUACAGAUAUGGGAUGCAGCAGGAGGGAGGAAACUGACCAGCCUAGAGGGACACUCGGCACGCGUGGGAGCCCUGGCCUGGAACGGGGACCAGCUGUCGUCAGGCAGCAGAGACAGGGUGAUCCUCCAGAGGGACGUGCGCACCCCUUCCUCUGCUGAGAGGAGGCUCCAGGGUCACAGGCAGGAGGUGUGUGGCCUCAAGUGGUCCCCAGACCACCAGCAUCUAGCCUCUGGGGGCAAUGACAACAAGCUGUUGGUGUGGAACAGCUCCAGCCUGCUCCCGGUGCAGCAGUACAGCGACCACCUGGCGGCGGUGAAGGCCAUCGCCUGGUCCCCCCACCAGCACGGCCUGCUGGCGUCCGGCGGGGGUACGGCCGACCGCUGCCUACGCUUCUGGAACACUCUGACGGGCCAGUCGCUGCAAAGCACCGACACGGGCUCCCAGGUCUGCAACCUGGCCUGGUCCAAGCAUGCCAACGAGCUGGUGAGCACUCACGGCUACUCCCAGAACCAGAUCCUGGUGUGGAAGUACCCCUCGCUGACCCAGGUGGCCAAGCUGACAGGACACUCCUAUAGGGUGCUCUACCUGGCCGUGUCACCAGACGGCGAGGCCAUCGUGACGGGCGCAGGCGACGAGACGUUGCGCUUCUGGAACGUCUUUAGUAAAACGCGCUGCACCAAGGAGUCCAAGUCUGUGUUGAACCUCUUUACGAGGAUACGGUAGUGUCAGGGUGGGUGCUGUGCCUGGAGCAGACAGGGUCAGAGGUGUGUUGGACCUCUAUGCUACCUCUCCCAUUCUGCUUAGAACCUUCUAGAAACACUGUCGCUGCACCAACCAUCCCUACAAAAUCCACCUUUUUUACCGAGGACAUCCACCUUCGACCUGCGGCUACUAUCUUCUCAAAAGUGAUGUCAAUAAUGAUAAAAACAGCCUAGUCCGGACAUUAUGUGCACGGUCUGUCCAAUUUCUCAUCUUGUGGAUGUUCUACAAAUGUUUAUUAUGUUUUGGAAAAGAUAUACAGAGAGAUUAAUGAGAGUGUAAGAUAUGUAUAUACACUUUCUCAUAAAGGUGUUAUGUUUCUAAUCCUUUACUUUAUAUUUUGGAGAGAGAGCAAGUUCUUGAAAACUGUGGCCUAGGGGAAUUUCUAUAUUUUGAUAAUAUAUGAACUUUGACCCUAGUGUCCUAAGGAGACAAUGUAAUAAAAGAGUACACCAACA